CUUUAAGGCGCGCUGAGCAUCACGGGAAUUGUAGUUCUGAACAAUCUGCACAGAGCUGUAUAAUCUGCAGCACCUGCACCACCACAGCGACACCCGGUGGCCGGCAUGGGCAUUGCGUUUCAUUACAGCGCAUGCGCCCCAGCACGACUCGGGCCCAGAUCCCCCUCCACUACCGAUCACGUGGGCGCGCUUCCCCCUCCCUGUGAGAUCGCGGGAACGCGCGCGGCCUGCUCCUUCUACCGAUACCACCCGAUCCCCGGCCGGGAAGUGCCCCGGGAGCCCGCAGCCGGCGGCCUUGUAGCCAGGUGAGUGCCCCCAGCGCCAGCCUCCCCGUCCCCGCCCUCCUCUCUCAUCACGCACCGGCGUCCGGCCGGCGGGUCCCUGCGGAGCGUCAGUACGUGACGGCGGCCCGGGGGGAGGGGGAGAGCGCCAGGCAGCCAGGCCGCAUCUAUGUAACCAGCCGUGUACCCAGCGCUGCCAUGGCAACCGCACCUGGGGGGGGGGGAUGGGGCAGUAACCCGCACCCCGAUACCUGAUACCGAUACUGCACCCCGAUACCUGAUACCGCACCCCGAUACCAAAUACCGCACCGGGGGGGGGCAAUAACCGGCACCCCGAUACCUGAUACCGAUACUGCACCCUGAUACCGCACCAGGGGGGAGGGGGCAGUGCACCCCGAUAUCCGAUACCGCACCCCGAUACCUGAUACCGCACCGGGGCAAUAACCCGCACCCCGAUACCUGAUACCGCACCCCGAUACCAAAUACCGCACCCCGAUACCUGAUACCACACCGGGGGGGGGCAAUAACCCGCACCCCGAUAUCAAAUACCGUACCGGGGGGGGCAAUAACCGGCACCCCGAUACCUGAUAUCGAUAUCCGAUACCGCACCAAGGGGGGAGGGGGCAGUGCACAACGAUUUCCGAUACCGCACCCCGAUACUUGAUACCGCACCGGGGGGAGGAGGGGCAGUGCACCCUGAUAGCUAAUACCACACAGGGUGACCGAGCCCCGCGAUAACCUGUACCCCAUAUCUAAUACCGCACCAGGGGGACCGAGCACCCCAAUAACCAGUUCCCCCGAUAUCUGAAACCGCACCCUGAUAUCUAAUACGGUGCACCUAGAGACUGUGUACAGGGAGACUUAACCAGAGACUGCAUACAUAGAGACUUACCGCACCCCAAUAACCAAUGCCGCACCCCGAGACUGCAUACAGGGAGACUUGCCGCACCCCGAGACUGCAUACAGGGAGACUUGCCGCACCCCGAGACUGCAUACAGGGAGACUUACCGCACCCCGAGACUGCAUACAGGGAGACUUACCGCACCCCGAGACUGCAUACAGGGAGACUUACCGCACCCCGAGACUGCCUACAGGGAGACUUACUGCACCCUGAGACUGCCUACAGGGAGACUUAACCAGAGACUGUAUACAGGGAGACUUACCACACCCCUGGACUGCCUACAGGGAGACUUACCACACCCCUGGACUGCAUACAGGGAGACUUACCGCACCCCCGAGACUGCCUACAGGGAGACUUACCGCACCCCCGAGACUGCCUACAGGGAGACUUACCGCACCCCCGAGACUGCCUACAGAGAGACUUAACCAGAGACUGCAUACAGGGAGACUUACCGCACCCCGAUAUCCAAUAGCACCCGAGACUGCAUACAGGGAGACUUACCGCACCCCCCCGACUGCCUACAGGGAGACUUACCGGGCCUGUACAGGGGACUUACCAGAGACUGCAUACCUGCCCACCCCGAGACUGCAUACAGGGAGACUUGCCGCACCCAGACUGCAUACAGGGAGACUUACCGCACCCCGAGACUGCCUACAGAGAGACUUAACCAGAGACUGCAUACAUAGAGACUUACCGCACCCCGAUAUCCAAUGCCGCACCCCGAGACUGCAUACAGGGAGACUUACCGCACCCCUGAGACUGCCUACAGGGAGACUUACCGCACCCCCGAGACUGCCUACAGGGAGACUUACCGCACCCCCGAGACUGCCUACAGGGAGACUUACCGCACCCCCGAGACUGCCUACAGGGAGACUUUGAGACUGUCUACAGGGAGACUUACCGCACCAUGAGACUGUCUACAGGGAGACUUACCGCACCAUGAGACUGUCUACAGGGAGACUUACCGCACCCCCGAGACUGCCUACAGGGAGACUUUGAGACUGUCUACAGGGAGACUUACCGCACCAUGAGACUGUCUACAGGGAGACUUACCGCACCCCCGAGACUGCCUACAGGGAGACCUACCACCCCUAACACUAUAUACAGGUGGAGUUAGUGCACCUUAAGACUGUUUACAGGCAGAGUUACCACACUAUGAUACGUUCGUUCUAAAGGGGUCAUUUACUGUAUACCGCGAAGGUUUAUUGCAUCCCUAGACUUUAUAUAAGGAGACUUACAGCAGCGGUAUCCAGGACCUUAUACAGGGAUCCCUUAAAGACUGCACCCUCUGUUAUACAGGGAGAUCUCAUAGCGACUGUACCCUUAGUUAUCAUACAGGGAAUACCAUAGAGACCGCACUCCGUUUUAUGAUACCUGGGAUUCAGUAGUGACUGCAUUCCAGGUUGUUGUUGUUGUUGUUCAGGUGGAUCCCAUACUGACUGCACUCUAGGUUAUUAUAGGGGGAUCUCAUAAUGCCUGCACUCCAGAUUAUCAUAGGAGGAUCUUAUAACGACGGUGCUGCACAUUAUUAUAGGGUUAUCUCAUAGCGACUUCUCAUAAUGACCACACUCCAGGUUACUAUAAAGGGGGAUUUCAUAAUGAUUGCAUUUCAGGUUAUUAUAUAGAUGCCACAUUCCAGGUUAUUAUAUAGGUAGAUGCCAUAGCAACCACACUCCAGUUUAUUAUACAGGGGAAUCUCGUAGCGACUGCACACCUGAAAUACUACCAUGGGUUUCUGGAGCAAGGGGCCUGAAAAGAAUACAGGUUCUCCCAGCAUAGUGACACCACCCUAGGAAUAAUGUGUAUUUCAAAUACCACACAGGAAGAAUACAGUGGUCACCUUAAAGAUAAGUAGAACGAAUGUUUCCUAUAGAGACUACCCAGGUUUCCAAGGAUACUAUGAGAGGGACUCAAAGAAUUUUACAACAUAGGGUUAGUCUUGGCAUCGAAUGGAAAAUACAGGAGAUAAUCGUAUUGAUACUCGUAUUGCACAGAUCUCUGGCAUUAAUAUGCUGGGUCUUUAAUAGCAGCAUGCUUGUGAAUUUGAGCAAUCUCUGAUAGUAAUAAGAUUGUGAGAAUAAUACAGAGAGGUCUCUGAUAGUAAUAGGAUCGUGAGAAUAAUACAGAGAGGUCUCUGAUAGUAAUAGGAUUGUGAGAAUAAUACAAAGGGGUCUCUGAUGACUGCAGCCCUGACAUCAUACAGCUGUCUGCCUUAGCAGUGCAUAUGUAACAUUAAGUUGAUAAGUUCCUGCCCCAAAGAGCUCACAAUCUGAGUGAGAGGCUCGCAGAUAGAGAAGUAAAGUUCUGACCAUUCUAAUGCAAUAAAGAUAAUGCUGAGUCAAUUUAAUGUAUACCUAGUUAUGUAUAUGAUUGGAGGUCCAGGUUUUCUAAUCUAUGCAAUCUGUCUAUUGAGAUUGUUUGGUUGCGACUCCAGAAUACAUUGAUGCUGUUCGCAUACUCAUGUUCAUUAAAAGAACUCUCGACUCAUUUAAAAUUCACAUGACACUUAUGUUCCUAUGCCCGGCUCCAUAUGAAUAGUGGGUACUGUAUUAUAUAAUAUUGGUUACAUACAACUUUAUCUAGACCACGAGCUGUGAUCUGCAAAUAUUGAAAUACGUCUACAUAAACCCCCCAGAAAAUGUAUUAUUUAGUCAUAAAUAAAACAAACACAAUCCAGAAAUAGUUGCUGUAUACUUAGAUUUCUGUUAUAAUUUUCAUUUGUACACGUUAUUCUUUCAAUAAAGUGUAAUUGCAAACAAACACAAUAUUCCAAGCAAAUCUACAGCUUUUUCAUGUAACCGAGGCCUAGUGUAAAUUAGCUCUGAUGUUUAGAUGGUCAUUUUUCAUUGUUUAAGGGGGGCACAAUUCUUAUACUGUUUUUAAAGUAAAAUUUCACCUUUACAGGAAACCAUGCACAUAAGGUGCAAAAAUAUUUCUGAAGCAUGCAUACUCUUGCUGAUUUUAACCAUUACUGCAUGCAGGUUUUAGUGCUGCUAAUCUCACACAAUGUUCUACUAGACUCUAGAACAACGCUAAUGUUUCAUAUGUUAUGUCAGAUACUGUUUCAGUUUCCUAAUUACCAGCAGAAAUUGCACAAAUUGUAUUGCUUAGAAAUGCUUAAAUGCCCCUACAGGGGCUAAAGUUUACUGUUAAGUGCUUACGCAAUAAGCUUUUUACGCCACUGCUUAACUAACAUAUACUUAGGUGACUCUUCACAUCAACAUCAGAAUGAAUAGGCUAUUCAGUAUAGUUUACCUAAAUAGUCAGGCAAUCGCACUAAACGACGGAUACCAAUAUGUGUAAAUCUAAACAUAAAAAUAGAAAUAACCGUGCUCAUUGAGGCACAUAUAUAGGCUAUCAGCUCUGAUGAUUAUGCACUCAAUUUGUGGCAUGCUCAUAUGGGGAUCAAUUGGCCGCUGUCAUAAUGUUAAUAGAUAGGAGUUUUCAUCGCAUUGAGUCGCCUGCCUUAUAUGAUACUAUAACUAUAAAUGAUAGUACCGCACGCUUGAUUGAAUGUACUUAAAUUCUUGUUCAUUCUGACCUAUAUGCCUCUGUGCAGGCAAUCAUACACUACAUAUACUUCCCUGUACUAUGCCUGCUCAUGCUUUUUUUUGCGACACCAAUAAAUAUAUUCAAAACAAAAAUAUUUCUGAUUCAGGAUGAGGAAUCAUUUAACAGAAUAUUCCAAAAUUUAAAUUUUUUUAUUUUUUUUUUUUAAAUAAUGCUAGGUACAAAAAAGAAGAAAAAAAACACAACUUGCACGUUAAAGUGGAUCUGUCACCUCAAACCGACCUUUCCUCUAUUGUUUUCUCCUCCUCUUCUUCUUUUCCUUAUUUCUGAUCUAUUUCUCUUUAAAACAGAAGAAAAGUAGGGACUACUUUGUCUUAUAUAUUUUUCCCACCCUUGACAAUUGUGACAAAAGGGUGGAGCUUCAGGCAAGCUCCACUUCCUUUGUCAAGCUAACAAAGGGUGAAGCUUGCUUUAAAAGACCACUCCACACCCCAAAAGCUGCUUUAUGGGUGAGUUUAUAACCACAGUUUCUACGGGAAAUUGGCACUUUUAUAAAUGAACUAGGGAACUCCCCCCUGGCUGUCAAUCAAACAGCCAGGGAGGAUUGCUUCCUGCUUCUGUUAGAGGGUAGGUAUGCUCUAUUUCAGUGUGCCUGCCUCCUUUACAGACAUCACACCAGACAUGCACGCGCGUACGUGGACACCAAGUCAGAGGCAUCUCAAGGUGAAGCCUCUUAUUGGUUUUAUCCCUGGGAGGAGACUGACGGUCCUCCAGGAGGAAAAAGGGGAGGGUUUGCUAAGGCUGCAGUUCAUAAGUUAUGAAAAACAAAUGCAUGUAUUCAUUGGGUGUAUAUCUACUAAACAGUGAUUUUUCUAUUCUUUUUUUAGUAUGAGCCAGUGGAGUGCUCCUUUAAGCUGCACCCUUUUAUCAAGAUAGCCAAGUGUAGUUAAAAAUCACAAGUCAAAGCAGUCCCUACUUUGUUAUGUUUUAAAGAGAAAUAGAUCAGAAAAGAAGAGGAAACAAUAGGGGAAAGGUAAGUUUGAAAUGACAGAGCCACUUUAACAUACUUAAAGAGACACUACAAUAAUCAGAAGCUUUAGCUCUUUGUAGUAGUUUUAUGUCUGUGGACGCCUUCCCGUCCAAUUUAGAGUAGUUUGAAAGAAAGAAAAAAAAAAAUGGCACUUUGUAAUAUGGAAUUGUUAUACGUUAAAAAUGUGGUAAAUCUUCCCAUGAAUCACCCUUCAAACUGCCUAGAAACAACAAUAAAAAAACAGACCCGAAUGUGUUUUCAACAGCCAAUCAGAACAAGUAUUUUCCAAGUUGAGCUGAUUAGGUGACAGGUUCUGUGCUCUAAAUGAAUUCAGUGCCAGACCAUAGAAAAAUAGCACAAAAUAGAUUAUUUAAAUAUUUGUAUUUAUUAGAGUAGAUAUAAAAAAUGAUCAACACAUUCAGGAUAUUGGUUAAGAUUAAUUUAGUGGGGGUUAUGCAAUAUAAAGAGUUUUUGUGGGACAAUAGUCUAAAACUGGAGCAGUUACCAUGGAAACCAAUAGACCAGCCCCGUUGAUUGUUUCAAUUUGAGACGUUUGCCUGAUAAUUAUACAGAAACGCUAGUCAUCAAAAAUUCUAUUAAAAGGAUGCUAUAGUGCUAGGAAUAUAAAGCUUUAUACCCCCCCUCGCCACUCCCCCUCCUCCGAAGUUACCAAAUGGUGGAGGGGCCCUCUAUUGUGAGCACAUUAGGCCCUACCCCUUGGAAAGCAUUGCACCUGACCAGUAUUUGAGGCUGUGUGGCCGGUGGUGGUAUUGCAGGAAUUCCUGGCAAUGCAGGGGCUGGUAUUUCUGUCUGAUGGAACUCCUACCUGAGAGGAGAGAUACAUACUUGCAGAUCUUGGAAAUACCCUCAGAUCAUGUGUAGCUCCACCCAUCUUCCUGUACUCACUCACACUGAGUGGACAGUGAGGAUGAGGAGUGCUGCUUUGCUCUCUGAGUGUGCUGUGCAGGUUAACAAGCAGAGCAGAUUGUACAGCUCUAUCUGCAGCAUUCACCCCUCCUUCAUGGACAGAGAGAGAUAAACUUCUAACUUCUUAGUAAGUAGCCAGAUCUCUCUGCUGGGAGGGUUUAUAGAUGGAGACCAGACCUGCUCAGUGAUGAGGAUGAGGACACUAAGAGACAUAAAAAGUAAACAUGCAGCAACAUCUCUAUUUGUGAAUUGUGACUGCAUGUUUGCCUGAGUAUGAAUGUCUGUGUAUGACUGUGUCUUUAUAUGUAUGUGCCUGUGUGACUGUUUAUCACAGUGUCUGUAUGACUGUCUGUGCCUGUAUGCCUGUGUGGCGAACGUGAACCUGCCACGGGCUCCUGCAGGAGCCUGCUUGCAAGCCUCCUGCCGAAACACUAUGGGCCCUGUAAAAGCCAUGGGAAAAGACUUGAUUCGUGGGAUUUUGUUAUUGGUUCGGGAACCGAACCAACCCCCGAACUAAAGACCACCAGGGAGUUUGUUAAGCCCAACUGACACCUUGUAACGAGUUCCACCGCAGUGUUCUAAUUGUUCGUCUGGGGCCAUCUUGUUUGCAUGAACGCAGGCAGCGGUGUUUGGUCGUCGAGUUCAUGGAACUGAAAUCGGACACUCAACCUUUGCAAACACUGCUGAACUUCCAUCCCGCCUGCCUUCGGUACUUUACAUCCUGGAAGAGUGCUGUUCGCUGGAAUCAUUAGUCUGAAUGAGGUGAACAAGUUCCACGUUAUAUUUAGGGAUUAUGUAUAGGUUCUUUUGGACGCAGGGAACUCCCGAACGGGACCGGCUGCAACCCCUGAAUUCAUAGAACUGUUUUGGGCAUUGGACCAUGUGUGCGGCCGGUCAGAACUUUACCCCGGUGGCGUUUCGACUGUGUUGGUGGGAUAUGAGCGCUUUCCGGAUAUGUUGGGCGCUCAGAUCCAGGCUAUCCAGGGAUGUAUAGACUGUGGGGGUUCCCAUGUGGGAAAUGUGUGUUUUUAAUAUUUUGUAUUUUAUAGGACAUUGUGGGUGUGUUUGGGGAGCAUGUCACAGUGCUCAGAUUCUGUAUAUAAGUGCGUCAUUUGGCCGGAUUAAACAGAAUACCUCCAGCAUUCAGUCUCGAUUAAUGUCUGUAGGGGAAAGCUAUACCUGCUAUAAUCACUUGCUAUACUGCUCUUUGAAUUGCUAUACUCUCUUGGAGGAGAGGUCUUCCCACUGGGAGCUGGAUCCAGGUGUUAGUCCAGGGUGGGAAGGGACAGCGAGACCCUAGCCAAGCUGUGGCGGCUAAGGGGACUACGGUGCUUGUGGUGUCUGUUGCGGUGCUUAUAGUACUCGUGGUACUAGGAAGCCGUCAUUAAUAGAGGUACCUUGUUGGGGUGCCAGGCGGUCCACCACAGCAUGAGUCUGUAUGACUGUAUAUGACAGUGUCUGUGUGUGACUUUGUCUUUAUGACUGGUCUGGGUGACUAUAGUGUCCCUUUAAAUUUGGUAGUGGAAUUGUAUUCAUAAGUAAAGGAUUGUAGUUUGGAAAGUGUAAUUCAAAGGGCUAGGAAAAUGACAUUAAAAUAAUACACAUAAUGCAUUAGGUAUAGGAAUAUCAUUUAGUAUGUUUGAACAUUUUAUUUAACCCCUUAAAGGAUCGCCCCACACACACAAAAACCCAGUGUUUGAAGAGAAGAAUUUAGAUUUCUAUUCAUUUAUAAAAAUUGAAUUUUUUUUAUAAAUUAACCUUGUUACAACCCAUGCUCCCCACACUCCCAAACUAUCAAUCACACAACAGGUCCUGUUAAUGCAUGGUCAUUUAGCUCAGUGGCACCUGCCUUGCACAGACUUGAGCUGCUUUGGGAAGUUUGUGAUUGGACAGCCACAGAAAGUCUAGGCGGGGUUAGAAUGGGAGGGCUUUAAAGACAGCAGACAAGAGACCUGCAGACUUUGCAUGCUGUUUUUAGAUAUAUCCCCAAUGAAAAAAAUGCAUGAUUACAUGCAUGCAUGUUUUCAUUGUGUAAUCAAGACAUUUUAUUUUGGCACAGGGCUUUAGGAUCUUUGUCUGACCCCUUUAAAUAUCACUGGGUAAAUAGAUUGGAAAUUUCAUUAAUCCAAUAGAACACCUUUUAAAGGGUAAAUGAUAAUGUCUUUUUUUUUUACCCAAAAGUAAUGCUGAUUACUGUUUUGUCCAACAACUAAAGAAGAUUGCAAACUAUGUGAGAUCACAUCGAUGAUUUAACAUUAAUACAUAUUUUUGUUUAGAAACACAAAUGUUCUCUGUAGCCAAGGAUAGCACUGAUAAGCAGAAGACAAGGAUUACUUAGAGCAACACAAUUACCGUUAGAAAAAUAGCUAGCAUCAUACGCAGCUCUAAAAUACAACCCAGAAAUCCAAUAAUCUGAACUCUGAUAUGUUUUUAAAAGGAGCAAUCUAAGCACUAUAACCACUACAGCUCAUUGUAGUGGUUAUGGGCCAAAGAGUCUGUGAGUGGUAUCCCCCAUUUUCUUUUUUUCCAAACCAUUUUGAGCAGUUUGAUAUUAACUGUAGUUGUUUUUCUAGUUUUGAAGUGGGCUUUGGGUGGUUAGCCCAGUACUCUAAGCAUAUCUCCGCUCAUCAUAACUCAAACCUGGAUAUCUUUUGUAGAACGUUUUAAAAACUUGGACAAAAGCCAGAUGGGAAGGCCCUGAAGAUUAUGCCAUAUAACAACUACUAUGAACUAUGAGUUAAGACUUCCAUGGACCUCUAAGAAGUCUUAAACACCACCAAAAUUCAGAUCUUCCAUGUAGGCCACCACAUCGGUGUCUUUGUUUAACUCCUUCCAGGCUUUUAAUGUGCAUUCUCUUUACCUUACCAUAGCUCUGCGUGGGACCCUGGGCAACCAUGUCUACCCCAGAUGUCAGCGUUCACGUGGAAGAAGUGGUCGUUGUGACCACGCCAGACAACAUCAUGGAUGGCAGCGGCAUGGAAGAGGUGAAGGCUGUCCUGGUGACCACAAACAGGUAGGUAUUACCCCCAUCCUAUGACAAUGUAUAACCCCUCCCGCCUGUGUACACAACCCAGGUGACCAGGAAAGUAAAACACAACCCAACCUUGUUGUUGAAAUAUAAGAAAAUAUUUGGAAACCAUUUUGUCUUUGAGACUCUGUCACGCGACAAGAACCCUUAGUGAGAAUGGAGAUAAUGGAAGGUGUUACACUGAAUUGGAGACCGAUAUUCAUCCUUCAUAUUCCAAUUCAUAUAUAAAUGUGUGGUAGGUAUAUUUAUAUGAUUUAUAUGUUUAUUGUUUAUACAAGAUUGCUGUGUUUGUGUCACUUGGCUAAUGAACUUAGACAGACAGACCCACUUUAGGAGAAGGUAUGCUGUGAAGCAUUGCCUGAUAAUGCAUGGAACACAAAAAAGAGACAUAAUACAGCGGGGAUUAUUGUCUAACAGCAAAUUCUGGAGAUUUGAAACCCAAAUUGUUACAUUAAAGGGACACCUAAUCUCUAUAGCUAAUUGUAGUGGUUAUGGCGCAAGCAAUCUUAAGGUGCAGUCCUGUUUAUGUCAAACUGUUUACAUAUAUAUACAUAAUAAUUACAUACUAGGCAUACAGACUAGCUCCUCUUUUCUUAUUGAGACACUUCCCUCCUCGGCUAUUUUACCCAGCUGCGUAAAUGGUUUGAUAUAAACCCAGAGGGUGGAACCCAUGAACUCUAGAAUGAGCUGUAGUGGUUAUGGUGGUUAAAAUGCCACUUUAAGCCAAUAUGUGAGGCUAUCGGCUAUCAAUCCUAACAAAUGCUGACAGGUGAUAUAUAAAAAGUGCGGCCCUGCAGAAUGUAACAUUUUCCCUACAGCACAGGGGGAGUAAUAUGUCCAGUAAAAAACUGUGGAUCUAGAACCUUACUAUAGUACCAGUUUGUAUGUGAACCCCAAGAAUGAUUGCAGGAUAACUAAUGACCUUCCAAAUUUCAGGACUAUAUAGAUCGUUACGCCUUGACACAAUCAUACAGAAAUUGGCAGAUAUAGAAACUUAUAGGCAGAUGCUUCCAUAGUCCAGAUACUAAGGGCUUGCUAAGGCCAAAAUAAUGAUAUGUCCGUUUAUUUGGACUCAAGCAUGCACGAAUUGGUACAGGGAGUCUCAUUAAAAUACAUAAAGGUAGAGGAACACAGGAUGGUCUCAUUCACAUACAGAGGUGUGUUGAUUCAGUUUCAUUCACAUACAAAGGUGUGCCCAUUUCGUCUCAUGCACAUACAGAGGUGUCAUCGGUCUCAUUCACAUACAGAGGUGUUAGCGGAGUGGGAUCAGUCUCAUUCACAUACAGAGGUGUUAGCGGAGUGGGAUCAGUCUCAUUCACAUACAGAGGUGUUAGCGGAGUGGGAUCAGUCUCAUUUACAUACAGAGGUGUUAGCGGUGUGGGAUCGGUUUCAUUCACAUACAGAGAAGUUAGCGGAGUGGGAUCGGUCUCAUUCACAUACAGAGGUGUUAGCAAUGUGUGAUCAGUUUCAUUCACAUACAGAGAAGUUAGCUGUGUGGGAUUGGUUUCAUUCACAUACAGAGAAGUUAGCUGUGUGGGAUUGGUUUCAUUCACAUACAGAGAAGUUAGCUGUGUGGGAUUGGUUUCAUUCACAUACAGAGAAGUUAGCUGUGUGGGAUUGGUUUCAUUCACAUACAGAGGUGUUAUCGGAGUGGGAUCGGUUUCAUUCACAUACAGAGAAGUUAGCAGAGUGGGAUCAGUCUCAUUUACAUACAGAGGUGUUAACAAUGUGUGAUCGGUUUCAUUCACAUAUAGAGAAGUUAGCUGUGUGGGAUCGGUCUCAUUCACAUACAGAGGUUUUAGUGGUGUGGAAUAGAUCUCAUUUUACAUUCAGAGGUGUUAGAGCUGUGCAGGUUUGGUCUCAGUCACACACAAAGGGGGCGUGAUCCGUCCUAUUCACAUAAAGAGAGAUGUGUAGAAGCACUGCAUGCAGAGACAGAGAGUGGUAUGCUAGGAUUUCACUACAGAGAUCUGAUAUGCCUGUGGCUGCACCCGACUGCACAGACCUACCUCCCACUGCUUUGUCAUGGCAACUAGUUUCUGUGAGGGCUUGAUUCCUAUUGAGACCCAAGACACAGGCUUCAGACAUUUCCAUGUGGGCUCAGCUCUAGGAUGAUCUUCUAUGAGGUCAUGUUUCCUAUCCAGCUGGUAAUUUGCUGAUGUUCAGCAUUAGCUGUGAAACCGAUAUUAAACCUUAUAUUGAUUGGUGUCUGCACACUAUGGAUUAAAUACAUACUUAGAGAGAACGUGCAAACAGAUUACUAACCCUGCAAAAAUCACCCUGUUCAAACAUACUAAAUUUCAUUUAGUAUGUUUGAACAUUUUAUUUAACCCCCUUAAAAGAUCACCCCACACACAUAAAACAUUUCAGCUAGCUGAAGUGCCCUAUGCGUGAAGAGUUCUUUUUACCAAGAGUGCAGAUUUAUAUAUUAUAUCAUUGUGUUUUUACCAGAAUGGGUAUAUUGAGGGUUUAUAUUUAUGUUCAUGUAUCUAUACUAGAGCAUAGAUGAUGUUAUCUAUUACCCGACUCCGUGAUAUUCAUUUUAUCAGUCUCAGAACCUUGACAGGCUUAGUUAACUCUUCCUGGAAUAGAUCUAGCAAAUGUGAGUUCUGCGCACCAGAGUCUACAGUUGGUGAAUUAAUGAGCUGAGACACCAGAAUGAGUUCUAGACUUUCUCCAUGACUGCUGAUCUGUCCCUUCAGCAGAGCUAUCUCCUUGUCAGCAGAGCUGUCCGCUGGGCCAAGUCAUGAGCUGCAGAGUAAUCUCCCCAGAUACCGUGCCCAAAUUAGAACCUGGAUGUCCACUGACCCAAAUUUAACCCAAAAAUGCAUAAAUUCCUUGGAUACUUGAUGGCUCAUGCAGCAUGUUUCAUAAACCGAUACACUUACAGUUCAGAGAUCCUUGUAUUUUCAGUGACAUUGUUUGGGACACAAGGCUAUCUCUCUGCAGUUAUUCAAAUAGAAACUUUGCGUACAUUUGAAAACUGGUAACAUAUAAAAACAGCUGCUAGUAACUUAAUAUUGACAUGUGUGAUAGCUGAACUAUAGCAGUUUAGCAUGAUUGCCAUUGUGAAGUGCUUAGCUAGUUAUGUGUACAGAUCUCUGGGUAUCAUGGGGUAUUUUAAUGCUUCGUUCUUUGCUUUCUACAGGAGCUUGGCAGAGGACACCCUCGAGUCAGAGAAUGUGUCAUUUUCUUCAUCCACAGAGCUGAAAGAGGCUGUUUUAGGUAUGGGAAGGGUCCUUGUCUAGAUCCAUUUCUGUCUCCACCCUGUAUAUCCUCACUGCCUCGUUUUAUAUCCUCACUAUAUGUGUCCUUACUGCCUACUUUUAUAUCCUCACUAUGUGUCCCCUCACUCCCUCCUUUUAUAUCCUCACUAUGUAUGUCCUCCCUGCCUCCUUUUAUAUCCUCACUAUGUGUGUCCUCACGCCCUCCUUUUAUAUCCUCACUAUGUGUGUCUUCACGCCCUCCUUUUAUAUCCUCACUAUGUGUGUCCUCACCGCCUCCUUUUAUAUCCUCACUGCCUCCUUUUAUAUCCUCACUAUGUGUGUCCUCACUGCCUCGUUUUAUAUCCUCACUAUGUGUCCUUACUGCCUCCUUUUAUAUCCUCACUAUAUGUGUCCUUACUGCCUCCUUUUAUAUCCUCACUAUAUGUGUCCUCACUGCCUCCUUUUAUAUCCUCACGAUGUGUGUCCUCACUGCAUCCUUUUAUAUCCUCACUGUGUGUCCUUACUGCCUCCUUUUAUAUCCUCACUAUAUGUGUCCUCACUGCAUCCUUUUAUACCCUCACUAUGUGUGUCCUCACUGCAUCCUUUUAUAUCCUCGCCCUGUAUGUCCUCACUGCAUCCUUUUAUAUCCUCGCCCUGUAUGUCCUCACCGCCUCCUUUUAUAUCCUCGCCCUGUAUGUCCUCACCGCCUCCUUUUAUAUCCUCGCCCUGUAUGUCCUCACCGCCUCCUUUUAUAUCCUCACUGUGUGUCCUCACCGCCUCCUUUUUACCCUCACUAUGUGUGUCCUCACUGCAUCCUUUUAUAUACUCACUAUGUGUGUCCUCACCGCCUCCUUUUUUACCCUCACUAUGUGUGUCCUCACUGCAUCCUUUUUAUAUCCUCACUAUGUGUGUCCUCACUGCAUCCUUUUAUAUCCUCGCCCUGUAUGUCCUCACCGCCUCCUUUUAUAUCCUCGCCCUGUAUGUCUUCACCGCCUCCUUUUAUAUCCUCGCCCUGUAUGUCCUCACUGCCUCCUUUUAUAUCCUGACUUUGUGUCCUCACCGCCUCCUUUUUUAGCCUCACUAUGUGUGUCCUCACUGCAUCCUUUUUAUAUCCUCACUAUGUGUGUCCUCACUGCAUCCUUUUACAUCCUCGCCCUGUAUGUCCUCACCGCCUCCUUUUCUAUCCCAUUCUUUAUUGCCACCACUUUACCUUUCUAUCAAUCCUCCCUUGAAACUUCACAGCUUUCACUUUUUAUUCCCCCCAAUAGUCUUUAUCUGUUUUUACCCCAUUGUGGUCUAUCCCCACUACACUCUCUUUCAAUCAUCAUUGCUGUGUUUCUAUCUUACUCUUUAUUUUUGUGUCUAUUCCAUCCGUUUAACCUUUCUAUUUCCGCAUUCCCCCUGCUUCCCAUUCUCCACCAUAUAUCCAGCAACCCUCCCUUUCAUUUAUUAUACAACUCUGUCUUCCGUUCUCAUUCUCGAUUUCCCCAAGUCCUCUUUUAUUUCUCUGCCCUGCUAUUACUGUCUCUACUUCUUGUGUAUGAGAUUAAGAAUUCAUUGAGUCCAAGUGCUAAUAACGUUGACCCUCUUGUUGUUUUCCAUCUCUUUUUCUCUUACUUCCUGUUGUGCCCAACAUUUUGAAUGAGAAGUGAAGAUGGAGGAUGAAGAUGAAGAGGAGACAAUUGAGGCUGAAAUUGCUUAUCCUAUCACCUGCGGAGAGAAUAAAGCCAACUUAAUCUGGAGGAAGUUUGUCUGUCCAGGAAUCAAUGUCAAGUGCGUGCAGGUGAGUGCCCCCACUGAAGUGCUUUAUGUGGGCAGAAUGUGUCCGUAUUUUGUACUUUUUCUUUUUAUAAAAGUGCAAAUUUCAACAGAAAUCAACACUUUUGUAAGUGAACCUGGUUAUUUCUCCCCGACUGUCGGGCAUCUGACCCUGUAACUUCCUGCUAGUUUAACUCUGUGUCUAAUGAAGCAAACUAUAUCUUUGGUUUAACGUUAACAAAAUUGUAUAAAGGGGGUGUACUAGGUUUAAAGCCAUGACAUUAUUACAUUCUCUCUCUGGGUUUUUGCCCAUAUUGAGAUGGUAUUCUGCUUUUAGGACUUAUUCAGUAAACAAUGCAUUGUGUUGGCGUAAAAGCUGAAUUGCAAAACGUAGGGUAAAAUUGCUAAGCUGUGACUAAAGCAGAGUUGAAGAACAUUUUCAGAUCUGCAUCUUUUGCCUAAAUUUUACAACUCUAACACACAAAAUUGAGUCCUGCACUUAAACUCCCACUACUCCUGGCUGGCAGCAAUGACUAUAGUACACAUCAGCCCCAAUAUAUACAAUAAAAAACAAAGAAAAAGUGACUUGCUCCCUAUCCCAAAUCCCUAUGCAUAUUUAAAUAACUGGAGUUUUUUUUUAGUUUCACUCCAAUGGCCAUUAAAUGUAAGCCCACCUGCCACGUCACGACAAAACCUUUUAGGUGAGUCCUACACUAACAAUUCACCUUGCUUCUUUAAUCUAAAAGGCAAUAUUUCUAAUGAGACAGAGAGGGGUAUUUUUCUAAACCUCUACAUACUUAUUAACCCAUAAUAUGGUUUUCAAUCCAUGCAGUGUUAAUGUUUCUCCUACACUUUGAGUCUGCUGUUACCCUCACCUUAUACAAAGUCUUAGUGUGAUAAUAAAAUAUUUCAUUCAGGAUACAUUUGCUGAUGAACCACUUUUUUUAUUUUAUAUUGCACAGUUUGUUCAUGCAAAAAAUGCACCAUUAUUUAGAUAUCUCCCACAAUCACUCUUCCUCUUUCUCUCUUAGUACAAUGACCAUUUAAUUAGCCCAAAGGAAUUCGUUCACCUGGCUGGAAAAUCCACCCUAAAAGACUGGAAAAGGGCGAUCCGAAUGAAUGGAGUCAUGCUCAGGUAAAGAGCCGUGUUUAUUAUCAGGGUAGCCCUGCUUUAUUAAUACUAACUGGAGGAGGGUAUUUACUGGGUAAUAACUCUAUAAUGUGUCCAUUCUACACUAGGAAAAUCAUGGAUUCAGGAGAGCUUGAUUUUUACCAGCAUGCCAAGGUAUGCUCGAACACGUGCCGAAGCACCAAGAUUGACUUAACAGCAGGUCGAGUGCCACUCUGCAGUCAAGUGUCCACGGAGUAUAUUCCCAUCACUCCGGCCACAGGUGACCGUAAGUAAUGUAAAAAUGCAUAACAGAUUUAGAAAUUCCUCUCACGAAUUUCAGCAAACAUUAAUAUUGUUGAGCUCUCCUUAGACCAGGAAGUGACUUGAAACAUCACAGCCAAUCCUAGUCUCCAAUGGGAGAUCGAGGAAUGUACACUUUAGACCCAGCAGCUGUUCCAGGCAUGGAAAUACAUGUAGGAGACUGAUGGAUAAUAUGACAUUUUUGUUUACCUUGCCAGGUAGCCCAAUUAUGUUUUUGCAUGAAUGGAGCUUGUUGCUUCUGCUCAUACACUCCGCUGCAGUGCAGGCUCUUUUGUUGAAAAUUACAAGGGCGUAUACAAUGUGCAGUAUGAAGUGGGGCCUUGAUUAGUGUGUGUGCCACACACCAUACCAAAACUUGUACUGGCAGGAUGAGGAUUUCACUGUGGGUGGGCAGGCUUAUAUCUGCAGAGGCCUUUCCAAACUGUGACUGUUGAAGACAGAUGGAACAUAGGGACAUGUAGCCCUUUGUAAAAUAGCCUACCCAAGGAGCAUAGCUUAUGUCUUAUUUAAUGCUUUACUAAUACUAAUGUUUAAUACGUUCACCUGUUGGUCACUUUUUCAUGAAAGGGAAAUGUUCAACAUGUAAAACUUUCAGAGCAUUUGUCCUGUUAUAAACAAGAUUAUUCAUCCAGUUAGUAAACUUGUAGUUUAACCUUGUAUAGUUGGCUAUAUCUUAGAAUUCCUGAGACCCAGACAAAAUAUGGAUGUAGAAACAUUCAAUGGUCAAAGAGGAAAAUACCUUAAAACGACACGAUCUGAGUUCACAAUAAAUAAUCUGGGCCUCAUCAUGGGUCCAAAAAAUUGAUAAAUUGUUAGAGGUGGCACAUGUUUGUGUAAUACAGGGAUGAUUAACGGCAGACUCUGAACUGCAGUGAUAUUUUACCUGCUUUUGCUCCAAUGUGUAUCCCUACACUGCUUAUUUCUAAUGUUUACUAGGGCGUUAUUAAUGCAGGUUGAAAAAACUACAGACAGUAUUUCCAUUUCAUGUCUUAUUAGUCUUUUUAGUGAAACUAAAUGUAAAAGAUGUUUUCAUAAAAAAAUACUGUAGGGUUUAUUUACUAAAAUUGGAAUUGCGCGAUUCAGGCAAAAUUAGUAAGAAAUCAUUUGCCCUUAUUUUACAAUUCUUCACUAUUCCUUGUUUUCUUGACAAACCCAUCAGUGAUAAGGCAAGGUUCCCUAGCUUAAUAUGAAACUUGGAUAUAUCAAAGCUGAGAGAUUGGUCCUGCCUCACACUUGUUUAUGCAGCUGAACUAAGGAUUGCUCCAGAAAUGUCUGACUACCACGUUAUUACCUUUUUGUAGAUUUUACCGUGAAUGGGAACCCAACAACCAUCACUAUUGAAACCUGCGAUGGUUCAGGAGACUGGACUGGAAUGAUAGGAGGUAAGUGUGGUCUCUUCAGGGUGGGUUUGAUUUUGAUGGCUGGAAAUGGACAAAACCGAACAGAGGUAUGGGUAUCCACGUCGACAUACAAAUUCAAUUCCACAUUCACUUGCCUUGAGGGCAGAUGGAAUUUUUCCCCUAUAAACACAAUAGACACCAUUGUAUAAUUGAACAACAUUUUUAAAGGGCCAAUCCAGGCUUGACAUGAUCCACAAGUUUGUAUAUUGAUAAUACAUAAAAAUAAGUAACAUUUAAACAUAUGCACACUUUUAAAGUUACUGAUACUGCUCUCUACUUGCACGGGAAGCUGCAGCAGAAGUUCCCACCAACACCAGGAAGAGGCUCCACCAAUUAAGAGCCCCGUAUUAUGGCCAAUUGGGUGUGAUCCUAAUCCCAUGAAUCCCUGAUCGGCAGAGAUUUAAGGGUUAUUGUCAGCCCAAUAUGCAGUUCCAUUUAUCAGGUCUGAGGAGUGAUCUCUCUGAAUAAAAUGAUAGCAGCAACAUUGUGAUUGCUGUCAGUGUAAUUUCCCUGUCCACAGUUUUAUAAAUGAAGCUGUGUGCAGUAUUCUAUGCAGCUCGACUCUCUUGGAGAGCUGGAGGACUGAGAUAAAAACUUGCAAUGAAGGAAGUAAAGAAAUAUUUAUUUAAUGUCACUCACUGUGGCAAUUAAAAGCACUGUGGCAAUUAAAAGGGGCACAUUGACAGGAGACAUCCAUGCACUGCAACCUAUGCAGAAGAUGUAUAACUUGUCUAGAAGGUGUACAACUUGUCUCAUUAUAUGUUAUCAUUGAGCUCUGUUCCAUGCUGUGCACUGACCCCCAUCUUGUCACCUUUCAGAUGAAACACUGCAUUUCUGGCAAGGCCUGAGGGACGCGGGGCUCCUGGGAGACGUCAUACAGGAGUUUCACCAAGAGCUGCUGGAAACGAUGAAGGGGCUUAAAGAGAGACUUCAAACUCCCCCCAUCCAGUUACAGGGUAAGGAAUAAUUCUCUCCACAAACAGAAAUUAGGAUCAUCAUUUGAUCCAAGUAAUGAUACAUACUUCAACAUCCUUUUACCGGUUUGGUAUGUUUACAUGUUUGGAAAUUAACCCCAUACAGAGCAUCAAGAUGUUAGGCACAUCAUCAGAGAAAGGAAUCUGGUGUAUCACCCGAGCACGGUUUAUUUUAUUUUAUAAAGUACAAAAAAAAAAAUCACACGUUCCUUUUAUCGAUAUGAACCAAUAAUUUAAGAGGAAGUAAAAUUUGAUAAAGAAUGUGUUUCAAGUUAAAUUGAAAAUAAAAGAAGAACUGUAUAUAUUACACAACAGUUUCCUAUGUAAUAAACACAAAUACAGUAACACAUGUGAUUGUAUUAAAGGAACGGCCCUAACCCAGCUGUUGAGAAAGUGUCUGUUUGAAUCAAUACGCAUCCAGCGUGUGUACUCUAUCCUCAAUGACAACUUUUAUUCACGAGGAAACCCUAUAGUAAUUUAAAUUGGAUUUUAUUGUUGGUCCAUGUAAACGUUCAGCUUUCCCCAACUUUUUGACUCAUGGAUUCAAAUCUGUAACACGGAUAAUCCUUUAAUAGUGCUACAUUUGGAUCAGGAAUACUUGUGAAGGCUAGCAAGGCUUCAUGGGAAUUGUAGUCCUGGUGAUAUUUAUUUUUUGGCCACCCUUGUAAUACAGUCUUUUACGGCUUUGAGUGAUAGAUCCAACUCAACUGAAAUCCUGUAGAAUCAGGGCAUUGAUUCCCAUAAUAAAUCCCGUGCUCUGACAGCCUGUAGCCUGGCCUUUUUUAUUCCUUUACCUGUGGCAAGUAAAUGUGCUCAAAUGUUGUAGGUUAAGAUUUCCCUGCACAUUCCCUGUAACCCUUGACAUUGCCCACACAUUUGUUCUCUUUUACUUAAUCUACUAUGUGCUCCCAUUGCUUAGAUGCCAUGUUACUCAACAACAUUGUCCAGAAUUUUGGAAUGUUGGACCUCAUUAAGAAGGUGCUGGCUAGUCACAAGAACCAGAUGGACCGAUCGAGAGAGCAGUAUACGCGAGACUUGGCAGGUGCGUACAGCGUGCUGAGAGCAUAUCUUGUAGUUUGAGUUGGAGCAGACCAGUUACAUGUUUCAGUUAACAAUUCCUUAAGAGCUGAAUUAAAUUGCAUGUGCUGUGUCCUCUGCAUUAUAUGUACUCCAUAAUCUUAAAUGUGGUUUGUUUGCUUUUCCCCCCGACUGGUUCAAAAAAAAGAAAACUGAUAUUUUCCUCUGACUGGCUCCUUGCCUAUUCUAACAUACAUAUAAGCCUGUUAUUGGCAUCUCUGACCUGCUGUUGGUGAGGUCAUACGUCAGCCAUUGAAGUUUGUGUACUGCCUUUAAACUUUGAGGUUUGUGUAGCUAACACAAUAUUUCCUACUUUCUCAAUGAUUUGCUGAUGCUGUACCAUUAACAGCACUGUGUGAGGCUGUCAAUGAGAAUCAGGAGUCUGCUGCUCUGCUUCAGUUUAGCUUGAAUCGUGAAAAAAAAAAAAGAAUGAACAAUGCCUUUGUUUUCCUACUUACCUUAGUUUACGUACUCCCCUUAUUUGAAUGAUGUAUUCAGUUAAGGAAAUACUCUAUAUUUAUUUUUUGGUUUCUUACUGUGAAAGUCACAGGUUGAGCAUCCAUUUAAUGCCAACACUAUCUUGGUUUUGCAGUAGCCCAUGGGAAAUAACAUCUUCUAAAUUAAACUGGCAUAAAUGAUGCGAUGUCAUGUUCAGAUCUAUCCAGUCACGUACUUUAGCUAUAUCAGGCUUAUCACGCCACAGUAUAAAAAAAUUAACAUGUUUUUUUUGUUUGCUUUUUACCACUUUCCCUUCCUUCAGCUCUGGAGCAACAGUGUGACGAACACAGGAGACGAGCCAAAGAACUGAAACACAAAUCACAGCAUCUUAACAAUGUCUUGAUGACACUGACCCCAGUCAGCCUUCCCCCUCCGGCCAAGCGACCAAGAUUGACGAGAGCUACAUCCGGCCCUGCGGCCAUCAGCUCACAGGUUUCGCAGCCCACACAGAUUACCCUUCCCCAAGGAUUGACUUUAUCUCAACUAACCAGCCUACCUUUCAGCAAGGUUGUGUCCACCAGCAUCCCGAGUUCUUCCAACUCCACCAUGCUGAACAAAAACUCAAGUUCCCAGUCCACCUCACCUUCCUCUCCUCUCUUAGGAGGUUACACUAUCCUCACCCCAUCAGGGAGCAACUACCCCGGCACUUUGGAGAUUCAUCCCGACUCAUCCAACCUUGCCGUCCUGAGUACUGCAGCCAUGCAAGACAGCAACACUGUUUUAAAGAUGAUGAGCCCCAUCCAGCUCCUCACCCUUCAGGGCCUAGGUGCAACAAUACAAAACCUGGCUCAGAUAGCACCAGCUGGCAGUACCAUUGUAGCCAUGCCCUGUGACUCUGGAGACGGAGAGGAUGAACAGACCACUAUUGAGGUGACUUCACUGUCUGAGGAUCAGGAGCAGAAAUAGACUUGUAGCCUUCUUUCUGUGCAUUGCAGCUUUGGCUGCCGUAUUUGGACUAAAGUUGGGGUAAGCCUAUUGAUGGGAGAGCGAGCAGGUACAGGUUGCAAAAGCUGAAGAACCAAAGAGGGAUGGUUAAUCCUCUUUAGUAGUAGAUAUAUCUGCUCUGCAUUGCACAGGACUAUGCCACAGGCCAUUCUGACACUAAAUAGGACAAUAGGUUCUGCAUAGUUUGGCUUGUAGCAGGAAAUCAUAUAUGUGGCAAAGCCGAAAUUAUCCAGAAUACCCAGACUCUGAGGCUUCCAUGGGCCAUUAAACCUUCUCAGGACUUGACCAGUUAGUAACAUACAGAGAUAGGGCAAAUGUAAGGCCUACAGCUCUGCAGUACUAUGAGGUCAACUGCCCUCCGCUAUGUACAGCGGUAAUAUAAGGAAUUGCAGCUUUAAGUUAGCAAAGGUUUGCCCCAUGCUCACCUACGCAGGGCAGAACUCUUCAAUGAACUCCCAGACUCCUUCAUCUAGUAUGAAACAGGAACUUUUCUGUAUUUGUAAUAGUAAACGAAUGUCAAUAAAGUUUUGGAGCCAAGCAGCCAUGUUGAAAGGCAGAAAAAUAAGAGGUCCAACAAAAAAAUUAAGUCAUAGGAACCAAUGCACUGAGACUGUUUUGUCUUUGUGUAGUUUUGUGUUAACCGUUUUAGAGCCAGGGGGUUGUGUGUUAUCAUGCUUAAGCAGUUCGAUUGUCAGCCCUCGAGUACUCAGUGAUUUAAAGACGUGUUUAGUUAUCCGGUAAUUGGAUGCCUGCCCUGUGUUUUACCAGUCAUGCAUUCUGAUGAACCUGACUCCAAAGAUAUGCUGUGAUUGUUGAAGACACCAGAGAGGGCAAUGUGCGAACCCCUGCCAGUUACAGCAGUUAUAAUUUCAGUAUAGUUUCUACAACUACUUAUAUGAUGCUUGUUGAUUUGUCUGAAUAGUGAUUGGAUAAAGGAAGAGACAGUUGGAAACUGGAUUAUUUUAAUUUGUUUUCAGGUACACAAAAUGACCCGAAAUUGUUUGUGGUUAGCCAUCAAGUUGCAACUUCAUCUACCAUGAUACUUUGCUAGCAUUUCGCCUGCAAAGCACUACAACAGCAGGAGGGAUAUCUGUUGGCUACCCAAAUAAUUAAGGGUGUGUCAACAUGGAAAUACAUUUUUGAUGAGGUCACACAUUGCUAUGCAUCUUUCCUAUGCAUAUAGUGUUAGUUGAGUGUCUGAGUAUUGCAAAGUAGAGGAGCUUUGGAUGGGGAAGGAAUAGAAUAUUCUCUAGGUAUUAUGUUCAGCUCUGUCUCUAAUUGCAUCAAUGAAAUCAGCCCCCAUUCCUACUAAACACAUCUAUCCUUUACCUGAGAUUGGCACCAGUACAUUAUAGGGUGCCUUGUGCUGAUUGGAUUUUUUGGGUGAUAUCCCAAUCUGUAUUACAACAAGAUGGGCUCAGCAUGGGUACCUUAGUGGGUAAGUACAUUUUGUUUUGGUUUGAUUUAAUACCCCUCAAGGUGGGAAUUCCUGGGUAAGCACACACCUGCCAAUGCAGGCAUAACCGGUCUGACUUUUUAAAGAAGUCACUAUGACAAACAAGACAAAUAAAAUAUCUACAAAUGCUGCUGGCUUUGUGACUGUUUAUCGGCAUUAAUACAGAAUGGGAUUUACUAACAAUCUCAGCAGAUGCAAUUUAAAUCUUCUAAACCGGCAUUAGAGAAGCCUGUUAAUACCUUUCUCUAGCAUGAUCACGGCCUCCCAGAGUAGAUCUCACACACAGUCUAACUAAAUUAAAUGCUAUUACUGUACAUAAACCAACAGCCUUAUUAACUAAAGUGAGACUUGCUAGGGAUUCAAAGUUAAAUGCAAAAUUUUGGCCUAAGUUUUACAACUCAUUACAUUUCUCAGCAAUUCUUACUGUAGAGAAUAACCCCACAAAUGUUCAGCAGUUAAAACAUUUAGAAAAAAAAUGACUUCCUUGAUUGCAUUCCUUAGAAGCUUGUUAAGUUCUACCCCAUAUAUCCAUAAACUUAUUCCAUGAGCUCUUCCCAUUUACUAGAGGAGCAAAAAGCCACCCUCAUUUCUAGAAAGCAGAACUUUCUCCAAAAAGCCUGGCAAAUUUGGGUUCUACAUUUUCAUUUAGAAUUUCAGGGCUGAUUAUGGUUAGAUGACUUGCAAUUGUUUUUUUUGUUUUUUUUCCCCUUAUUAACUUGAUGUGAUUUUGGAUGACAGGAGAGGUAACUGUUUAAUAUAGGAACAGGUUUUACCACUCUUGUGCAAUAAAAGCAGAAUGUUUAUUUAGUCUUCUUAUCUUAGUAAACAAAUAUAUGGCGUAUGGACCUUGUGUACUUAGUCAUGUAUACCACAAUAUAAAACCAUGAUAUACACUUUCCUACAGUCAGUCAUGUGAUUCAUCCAUAGCAACAGUUUAAAGACUCUGGGAAAACCACAAACAAUUCUUAAAGGAAUACUAUAGGCACCAAAACAACUUUAGCGUAAUAAAGUAGUUUUGGUGUAUAGAUCAUGCACCUGCAGUCUCACUUCGCAAUCACCUGCCAUUUAGAAGUUAAAUCGCUUUUGUUUCUGUUUUUGCAGCCCUAGCCAAACCUCCCCUUGCUGUGAUUCACACAGCGAGAAGAAGAAGCAGAAAAUUGGUUUUAUUUUCAAUCAGAUGUUGACUAGCUUUAGAAGUUUUAUCUUCUGCUCUGUAAAUUGUCCUUUAAUCACACACGACCUCCUACAGGGUCUAAAUGGCUAUUAACAGUACAGAAGAAAAUAAAUGCUACAUUAAACAGACGGUGCAAUAAAUGAAGAUUAAACAUUAGAUGACUCUUUACAGGAAGUCUUUAGGAAGGCUGUGUAAGUCACAUGCAGGGAGGUGUGACUAGUGCUGCAUAAGCAAAGUGAUUUAACUAUUAAAUGGCAGAGAAUUGAGCAAUGAGACUGCAGGGGCAUGAUCUAUACACCAACACUGCUUCAUUAAGCUAAAGUUGUUUUGGUCCCUAUAAGGAAAACAUGCAAGUGAAAUGUGUUAUUUAAAGCGGUACUGUCAUUUCUUUUAGCUUAUCUUUUCCUUCUGCUCCUUGUAUCUUAAUGAUUACACUCCCACCAUUGCUACAUGCCUUUAUUUGUAUAUCUCUUCUUCUUGAUCUCAAUAUCUAGGUGAUAUCUAGGUUCUCUCUCAAUAAUGUCUGCAGUUUGCCAUCUGUGGGACUCUUUUGUCUGAUGAAUUGUGGGUAAGUUAGCUUGGCAACAGAAAUGUAACUUUACUCAAGCUCCGCCAAUUGCCAAGGAUCACGUUCCCCUGAGACUAAGUAGUCCCUCCUACUUCUGAUAUAUAUAACUAAAAAAAAACAAUAUGGACUAUAAAUAGAACCAAUGAGAUAUAGGGGGACAAAAGAGGAUUCAUUUAAAAGCAGAACCGGCAGAACAGAGCCACUUUAACUUCUUGGCCACCUUAAAUCUUUAUAUUCCUAAUACUAAAGUGUUCAUUGUAACAAUUCUAGCCAUUGUUACAUUUUAAAUUUAGUGGAUCACGUAAUAUUUCUAAAAUUAAACGACUAAAACAAUCCUAUAACAUUCUAAAUAAAUUAUUUAGAAUAUUUUAAUGUAUUUAUUUUAUAUUUUAAUAUAUUCCUGAUACGAUUUCAUUUAUAAAAUAAAGUUUAGCUUGCCUUUCCUUCUCUUGCUGACCACAUACAUUCUAAUGAUUCUCCAUGGAGAAGCGUUGAGGGUCCUAUUGUGCAUUUGCGACAGUCACUGGACUCCUACAAUAAGAUUCCCCUCACAGAGCAGCAUUAUCAGAUGCUUCUCUAUAGGAAUAUGUUUUAAUAUAUUUAUUAAACCAUGAAGCAUUUGUAAGCAUAAUAAAUAAUAAACAGAGAACGAGUGUAUUUUCCCAUUACAAAAUAUAUGCAAGUUACAUAAAAAUUUAACUAGAGCAAUAGUAUAAGCAUUAACUUUAAUUUAAAGGAACACUAUAGGGUCAAUAACACAAACGUAUUCCUGACCCUAUAGUGUUACAAACACAAUCUGGCCCCCCUUUGUGCCCCUAAAUAUAGUAAAAUCUUACUUUUUUUUUUUUUUUCUGCUUCUGGCUGUGCCCCUGAUCUGCCUCCUUGGCUGACAUCAGAAGUAGUAAUCUGAGUCAAUCGCAAUGCUUUCACAUAGGAAAGCAUUGGAUUGGCUGAGAAUGUCAAGGAGGCAUGUUGCUUCCCAGGACUUUUCAUAUUUUGAUUAUGCCUGUAUUUAACACAUAUGUAUUUCUUAGGAGGAAAAAUUAAAUGAAAUGUAAAAAUCCACACCUCUUUAUUCUGCAACUGGGUGCCUCCAUCUUAGCUCCCUGUCAAUCACUGUAAUAAGCUCUGACCUUUACACCUAACAGUCUGCAGAGAGGAGCCAUACAGAGAAGAGAAACGAACAGGUUUAUAAUAUUUAUGAAUAAACAUGUUGUUUUCUGAAAUGUGGCUUAAAGUACUAAAGGUGGGGCAGUCAUUAUGGAAACCAGUGGAACUAGCAGUCACAUUCCAUGGGUGAUUAACCCUGUUUUAAGUGUUUAGACCAUAUUUUAGAACACAACACUUUUAUACGUAACCCCAAGUGUUACGUGCUAUUUCUACUCUGAUUUCCCUGGCCUUUGCUUUGUCUGAACAGGAGCAUCUUAUGUAAAAAAAAAAAAAAUAAUAAUUUGUAAAACUAGGUGAUUUUCAAUAUGAUAAUAAACGACGCUAUUUCCAUAGAAAUGAUAGAGCCCCCUCCAAUGCAUCAUGACGACAAACGUAAACACCUUCCGAAAAUUAAAGUGAUCCGAGGAGGGAGUGUCUCUAAUGACUAACAGACACAGUAAAAGUGCAAUGCUUUCAUUUUUCAGGUUGCACCAACACCACUGAAUUCGAUUUUGUAGUGGUCUUGUUGCUUUGAGCUCCCACUUACCAUCUUAAUAUAUACGUAUCCUCUUCAGACAAGCACAGCUUAUCUGCUACGUUCUUUGCAUCGUCUGCAGCCCUAAAGUUCAAAGUUAGCAGAUUAACUAGGCCAUAUUGUAUUUAAUGUCGUACUGUGUUUCUGUUGGCCCCUAUCACAUGAAACUAGUUUACCUACAUGUAGAAUGUUUAUUGGCCUUAUUUGCAUAGAUAAGACGCUGUUUAAUCAUUCUGCUUGCUAAAUGAUUCUAAACCGCGAUAAAUAUCUUUCGUUUCUGUAUCGGACCUUUUUGGUUUUUUUCCUCCUUCAUCACUGAUUUAAUUCUGCCCUUUGGAACUGUCAGUCAGCAGAGACAGGGGAAAUGAAACCGAAACAAAACCGUG